CGUCUUGGUGUUGUCGUAGCGGUGGCGCCCUCUGCCCGCCCUCAGCAAGUCCAAAACAAACGGACCACAAUGGCCAAGAGGACCAAGAAGGCCGGGAUCGUGGGGAAGUACGGCACCCGCUAUGGCGCCUCCCUGCGUAAGAUGAUCAAGAAGAUGGAGAUCACGCAGCACAAGAGGCACAUCUGCACCUUCUGCGGCAAGGAGGCGAUGAGGCGCCAAGCAACCGGCAUCUGGUCCUGCAAGCCCUGCCGCCGCACCGUGGCUGGCGGCGCCUACACCUACUCCACCGUUGCUGCCGCUGGUGUGCGUUCAUUCAUCAGGAGGAACAAGGACCUCAAGGAAAAGGAAGCCGCGUAAAUAAAUAGUGAUGGAUGAA